CAAAGAGGCAAAAACAAUGACUUGCACAUGGGGCUUUCGUAGGGCGAUCAGAGACCCUGGUCCGGGUCUUUGAGUUCCUUUACUUUACAAGCAGGGAAAUGGUUCCGGAAGUCUGCCGCCCCAGAUUCCAGAUUCUCCGUCCAUCGAGCGGCACCACUUUACCACAUGCAAAGUGCCUGAACUUCCUGUGAGGUACGCAUGUAUACAGAAAUGACAAUCCAACCUCGAGAAUGGAACAAGUGUUGUCAGUCAGUCAGUGGCACCCCCCUUUUGGUGCAACGGUGGAUGCCCGCCCGGAGACGGAUGAACAGAUGGUGGACCACUGCAUGUUCCAUCCGUGCCAUCCACACAUGGGAUGGGAUGGGACGAAUAUUCUUCUUCUUUGCGGCGUCGCGUCUCAACAAAAACUGGCACCUGCGCCUCCCCUUUUUUUUCCUCCUGCUGCUUGUUUAUCUAUCUGUACCAUUUUCUGUUGAAAUUCAUCAUCAUCCUCUUAGCUUCUCCGUUCCCCAGCCUCCUCAAACCUCGGUUUGGUGCUGGCCGUCCGGGUCAUGUAUUGCCGCCCUCACCGUCGUCGAGCUCGGCUCCUUGAGCUAGUACUAUACUGCGGUAGCUUGCUAGGCUCUUCAGG